UCCCACUCCCCUUUUUCCUCUCCCUCCCUGCGCCCAAAUUCCCUCUCCUUCUCUUCCUGUUUUCUUUUUUCUUCUCUCCCUCCCUGCACCCAACUUCCUUCUCCCUCUUUUCCUCUUUUCUUUUAUCUUUUCUCCCCCUCCCUGCACCCAACAUUCUUCAGCCUCUUUUCCUCUUUCCUUCUCCCUCAUCUGAAUCCGUACAGAAAAACAAGAGGAGUCACAAUUAAAUCUACUUUGCUCUCUCAAAUAUUAUUCAUGAGGAAUAAACCUUUUCUACACUAUGAUGAGCUGGUUGAGGUGUUUAAGAAUGUUCGAUCUACAAGAGUUCGAGCAAAGAAUGCAGCUGAUGCAAUUGAAGACAAGAUGGACAAGAAUGAGAUGAUGAAACUGAUUUCGGAAGGGCAUAUGGAGAAGAUCAAAUGAGUAACAAGGGGCUAGUACGGAUGGUGUAUCUGUUACCAAUUCAAGCAAUGAGCAAAGCACAAAAUAAGAAAGUUAGAAAUGUGACUAGCAAAAAGAGGAAAACAUGUGAUGAUGGUUUUACUACUUUGGUUGUUGAGAUAUGAAAGUUUGAAUCUUCUUACUGUGAGAGCACAGAGUGCCUAAAAAUAUUCCUUCCUUCUUUAGUUAACAAGCUGCUAUGACUGAUAGAAGGUUGAUGAUUUUUAAUGAGAUCAUUAAAUUGGAUGCUUUCUCAAAACAAGAAG